GUGCUCUUGCGGCGUGUGACACACAACUCGCAGCGACCCGGUGUGUAAAACCGGUGGGUGGCCGGGUGAAGCCAGGGACUAGCGUAUCUUCCUGCGUGAGGCUCUCCACGGCUUUAAGAAGCAGCUGUUACCAUGACAGCCCAGGGGAGUUUGGUAGCCAACCGAGGGCGACGGUUCAAGUGGGCCAUUGAACUGAGCGGGCCUGGAGGAGGCAGCAGGGGCCGAAGUGACCGGGGCAGUGGCCAGGGAGACUCACUGUACCCAGUCGGUUACUUGGACAAACAAGUGCCUGAUACCAGCGUUCAAGAGACAGACCGGAUCCUGGUGGAGAAGCGCUGCUGGGAUAUCGCCUUGGGUCCUCUCAAACAGAUUCCCAUGAACCUCUUCAUCAUGUACAUGGCAGGCAACACUAUCUCCAUCUUCCCUACUAUGAUGGUGUGUAUGAUGGCCUGGCGACCCAUUCAGGCACUGAUGGCCAUUUCAGCCACUUUCAAGAUGCUAGAAAGUUCAAGCCAGAAGUUUCUUCAGGGCUUGGUCUAUCUCAUCGGAAACCUGAUGGGCUUGGCACUGGCUGUUUACAAGUGCCAGUCCAUGGGACUCCUGCCUACACAUGCAUCAGACUGGUUAGCCUUCAUUGAGCCCCCCGAGAGGAUGGAGUUCAGUGGUGGAGGACUGCUUCUGUGAACCGGAGGACACAGCAUCCGAGGGGCCCCUAAGUAUUUGGGCUUCAUUUACUUGCUCCUUAAGCCCAGUGGCUCCUAAGUAUACUUUUAAAAUAAGCAUUCACACUGAAAACCAAAAACUCUCCUUUCUUCAUGGUAAAACACACAGAUUCUAGAAGGACAACGUGCAUUACAAACUGAAGAAAUUAUACCACAACCCCUGACUGAAAAUAAUGUAGAAAACUUUAUUUAUGUUUCCAGUACAGAGCAGAACAAAUAAAACCAGAACUGUAUGUAAACAAAAGAACGGUUGCCGCUAAAUCAAGAACUGUAGCAGCAUCUCCUUCCAAUAAAUUAAAUGGUUGAGAACAAUGCUUAAAAAA